ACACGCACACACAAACAGAAGGAACGUAAACAGACGCAGAGCAGACGGUCAGGUUCAGAUCCUGCUUCAAAUCAUCACAUAUAAAGUUACGUUUUUAACGGUUUCCUUCUAAUUUCUGCUGGAUUAUUUAAUCUAAAACAACUAAAGAGCAGCGGAUGAGAAACAUGGCACUUUUGAAGUCGGGCUGGCUGUGGAGGCAAAGUGCCGUCCUGAAACGAUGGAAGUUGAACUGGUGUGACCUUUGGAUCGAUGGGAGUCUUUGCUUCUACAAAUGUGACAAAAGGAGAGAUCUGGAGCAAAGAAUCAGCCUCAAGACGGCGUGCAUCGAUGUGCGGUCCGGCCUGGAGUGUGGAGGUGCGACUCCGCCGGAGAGCAACCCCAGGGAGAACCUGAUGGUGGUUCAGCUCAGAGACGGCUCGACGCUCAACCUGUGUGCCAACAGUGAAGAUGAAGCUCUAGCGUGGAAGCUGACUCUGCUGGAGGCCAGGAGAAACCCGGUGUUCCUCUACGACCCGUACGACGACUCGUACCAGGCUGUCCCCCUGAACAGCCACCACACCGUCUACAUCACACCUGGAGCCGGACCAGGUGGAACCCACCAGGUGGUCGUUCAAAGGGAUCCCUUUGAUGGAGUUGCAGAAAGUGUUGCUCUGGGAUUACUGGCAGGCAUGGCGGCGGGAGCGGCCAUGCGCUCCUUCCUCUGGAUGCCCUUCUUCUUCUGCUGACGUCAUGGCCGCCGCCAC